AUGACUCGAACUGAACCUUCACAUAGUGCCUCGUCGUGGGAGACGAAGAGCAUAGCCGCGACUGAUGAUGGUCAUCGACUUGACUCGGUCGGUCAGGAUUCCCGUCCCCGUGGAAGAAUUCGUCGAUCAAUGACUGCAUGUAAUACAUGUCGAAAAUUGAAGACUCGUUGUGAUUUGGAUCCUCGAGGUCAUGCUUGUCGUCGUUGUCUUUCUUUGAGGCUUGAAUGUGAGCUACCUGAAACACCCGAGCGAUAUCAGGACAAUGCAUCAACUUGGUCCGAUGCCAACGCUGCUAUUCCCUCUAUUGAAGAACGACUUGUAUCUUUAGAACGGGGAAUGGGUGAGAUGAUUAAUCUCAUGCGACAAAUAGUCAAUCAGCCGCAUGCUGCGAGCAGUCCGAUUUUCCCCACGCGAAAUAACAGUAUAGAUGAGGCAGCGAGUGAUAAUGGUGCAGCAUUCACUUUAAAGCCUGUUCAGUUUAUUCGGGACUUGCAACUUGAGUGUUUCGGUGACAGAGACCAGUUUUCUUCUGAAAAUGAGAUGCUGGGAGAUGUUGUCUCUCAAGGCAUCGUAGAUGCUAAGUUAUCAUUGAAACUGAUUGAACUAUUUGUCGAUUAUUUCAGUCCUUGGGUCUCAAUAGAUCAUUCCGUAAAUAUUCAGCGGACAAAUCCUCUUCUCUUCAAUACUGCUUGUUUAUUAGCCUCUCGGUAUCUACCGGGAAUGCCUCCAAAUACUACUCAUGAGAUCGCCCUGCAAGUUCAGCAUGCGGUCACAAAGACUCUCUGGAGAAAGUCUCCAUUAACAAAUGACCUGCUUCAGGCCCUUGCAUUACUUUGUCUAUAUCCUACUUCCGGUCAUAAGGAAGGAUUUAUGGAUGCGUGGUUAUUGAGCGGGAUCUCAAUUAACCAUGCCUUGACCUCCUUUACUUUCUUGCACAGUCAACCCACCAAGGGUAUUUUACCUGAUGAGAUGCUUCCUCAGAUGCGUCUCUGGAAUACAUUUUGUCUAACUCAUUUACAUUCCGCAUUGGGAUAUGGACGUACUGUUAAUGUACCAUCUCAUUAUUUCGAUCAUUGUUCUCGGAUUUUGGAUCAUCCACGAGCUACACAAGAGGAUGGACGAGUGGUCGCAGAGAUCUCCCUCUAUCGCAUUGCGCUGAGAAUCCAAAAUCACCCCCAGCGCCUCCAGUUCGCAGAAGUUGAAUAUGAAGAAAUUGAGCGCUGGAAGAUGGAAUGGGCUCAUCUCCUCUCUAGCGAAGGUCAAUCCACUCUAGAGCUGAGUAUCUGGUUCUGUCAACUUCUCCUCCACCGAACCGCCACAAGAAUCCAAUCCGAAUCCGAUCAACUCGUGUCCGAAAUAUGCAGCAAUGCCCGUUUAAUCAUUUCGCGAUCCAUGCAAACUCGUUUCUCCGCUGCACCAGGUCUAAUCGACCACGUUUAUUAUAUUCUCGGCUACGCCGCCCUAACUCUCUGCGACUAUAAUCCCUCCGAUUCCCUAAUCGACCAAGUCCGAGCUUUCCUACUCCAUCUCGCUCCGAGUAGUGAUCACCUUUCAUACCGUAUUGCUUUUAUCGUUGGUGAAGUGCAACGCAGAUACUCUGAAGCUGCGACCGGUCAAUCUUCCCCAACAACUCACGCCUUAAAAAGCGCCAUGUUCGCUCAAUCGCAACCUCCUCGCACUGAAAAUUUGGAUCUGACUCAGCUCAUCCCUACUGCAGGUGGUAUUGAGCCUGUUGUUGAUAGUUAUGGUGUUUUCGAUCAGCUUAUGCCCGCUUACGUCCCCUCUCAACCCGCUUUCUCCGCUCCUGCGAUGUUUCAACAGCAUCCUGCUCCUGUUCUUGGUGGUGCUAUGCCUAUCGGACUGGUGCCGAGGGCUCUUCAUGAUUUUUAG